AUGGUUUCCUCCCCACGUCCCCAGGUAACGUUGUGGAUAGCCAGUCCCCCAGACUGUUUGCAAACCAGCUAAGAUGGGACCUGACUGCCGAACAGAUAGAAAACAUGGCUGCAGAGCUGACGGAGAGGACCAAGCUUGUGUACGACCGAGUGGGCUCCCAGGAGCAGGGCGAGGUGUCCUAUGAGAACACUCUCAAGGCACUGGCAGAUGUGGAAGUGGAAUAUACGGUCCGUCGGAACAUGCUGGACUUUCCCCAGCAUGUCUCUCCUUGCAAAGACAUCCGUGCAGCGAGCACCGAGGCUGACAAGAAGCUUUCGGAGUUCGACGUGGAGAUGAGCAUGAGGCAGGACGUGUACCAGAGGAUUGUCUGGCUCCAGGAGAAAGCAGAGAGCGCUUCACUGAAGCCUGAAGCAAAGAGAUAUCUAGAGAGGCUGAUCAAACUGGGUAAAAGAAACGGUCUCCAUCUCCCCGAGGAGACGCAGGAGAAAAUCAAAGCUAUUAAGAAAAAGCUGAGUGUCCUUUGCAUAGACUUCAACAAGAACCUCAAUGAAGACACCACCUACUUGCCCUUCUCAAAGGAGGAACUAGGGGGGCUCCCUGAGGACUUCCUGAACUCCCUGGAGAAGACAGAGGAUGGCAAGCUGAAAGUUACCUUGAAAUACCCGCACUAUUUCCCUCUCCUGAAGAAGUGCUACGUGCCCGAGACGAGGAGGAAGGUGGAGGAAAUGUUCAACUCCAGGUGCAAAGAGGAGAAUUGCUUGAUCCUCAAGGAGCUGGUGGACUUGCGAGCUCAGAAAGCCAGUCUGCUGGGCUUCAACACACAUGCGGACUUUGUGCUGGAGAUGAACAUGGCUAAAAGCAGCAAGACGGUGGCUACGUUCCUGGAUGAGCUGGCCCAGAAGCUGAAACCCCUCGGGGAGAAGGAACGGGCUGUCAUCCUGGACCUGAAAAAGAAAGAGUGCGAGAAGCGUGGCCUGGAGUUUGACAACCGCAUCAAUGCCUGGGAUAUGCGCUAUUACAUGAACCAGGUGGAGGAGACCAAGUACAGCGUGGACCAGAACCUGCUGAAGGAGUACUUCCCCAUGCAGGUGGUCACCACAGGCCUGCUGGCCAUUUACCAGGAGCUGCUGGGGCUCACCUUCCAUCUGGAAGAGAAGGCUCAGGUCUGGCAUGAGGACGUCCAGCUCUACACAGUGAAGGACACCUCCUCCGGGGAGACCAUCGGCAAAUUCUACCUGGACCUGUACCCACGGGAAGGGAAGUACGGGCACGCAGCCUGCUUCGGCCUGCAGCCGGGCUGCCUCUUGCCGGACUCCAGCCGGCAGAUCUCGGUGGCUGCCAUGGUGGCCAAUUUCACCAAGCCCACGCCGGAUGCACCUUCCCUGCUGCAGCACGAUGAAGUGGAGACAUACUUCCAUGAAUUUGGGCAUGUCAUGCACCAGCUGUGCUCUCAGGCGGAGUUUGCCAUGUUCAGCGGGACACAUGUGGAGCGGGACUUUGUUGAGGCACCGUCGCAGAUGCUGGAGAACUGGGUGUGGGAGAAGGAGCCGCUGCUGCGCAUGUCCAGGCACUACAAAACUGGAAGCCCCAUCCCCGAUGAGCUGCUGGAGAAGCUCAUUAAAUCCCGGCAGGCAAACACGGGGCUUUUCAACUUGCGUCAGAUCGUCCUGGCCAAGGUGGACCAGGCACUGCACACCCAGACGAAGGCCGACCCCGUGGAGGUGUUUGCCCAGCUGUGUGAAGAGGUGCUGGGUGUCCCUGCCACCCCAGGUACAAACAUGCCCGCUACUUUUGGCCACUUGGCCGGAGGCUACGAUGCCCAGUACUACGGCUACCUCUGGAGCGAAGUGUACUCCAUGGAUAUGUUCCACACGCGCUUCAAGCAGGAGGGGAUCAUGAACUGUAAGGUGGGCAUGGAUUACAGGAAUUGCAUCCUGCAUCCUGGCGGUUCCCUGGAUGCUUCCGACAUGUUGAGGAAGUUCCUGGGCCGUGAGCCCAAGCAGGACGCCUUCCUGGCCAGCAAAGGACUGAAGGUGGAGAGCAACUCGCUGCCUUCAGCCUGCUGAGAAGCUGCUCCAGCCCGUUUUGAGUCACGCCAGCUCCUUUGUCUACGCACCAGUCCUCUCAGGCCGAGCAAUACCCGGUACUUCUGUCACCAAACGCAUCCUGGGCCAGCCCCUGCCUGAAGCUGUUCCUCCAGGAUCCAGCUCCGAGCUCAUCCUGGGCUUCAGGAGCGGGGUUCAGCCCUGGUCCAGGGCUCUGUGGUGACAGCUCUGCAAGGGGAGUUGAAUUGCC